CGCACCGCGCGGCAGAUCGUCGGCGAGUGUCGCUUGUCCAUGCUCAUGUUCGCCCACCUCGCCAGCGCCGCCUUCAUCGCUUCGCGCUCUGCGCUGCUGCCCACGCCUGCGACGCACCCCUCCGCUGCCGCCACGGCUGGCACGCGCGCCUGCGUCGCCACAGCUCCACGCAGAGGCGGCGAGGCGGUGAUGGCCGGCAUGCCCCUGCCUGCCGGCUCGCUGGUGGCGCUCGCGACGCCGAUGACAUCGACGGGCGAGGUGGACAUCGCCACGCUGCGAGAGCUGCUGCGCUGGCACAAGGCGGAGGGUACGGACGGCGUGGUCAUCCUCGGCACGACCGGCGAGGCCUCGACCCUCACGAGCGCUGAGAAGGAGGAGGUGAUGGCUGCGACCCGCGAAGAGGUUGGCGGCGAGAUGGCUAUCCUCGUGGGCACGGGCACCAUCAGCACGGAGGCGACGAUCGCGGCGACCAAGCAGGCCAAGCUCUUUGGCGCCGACGCCGCGCUCGUCGUCACGCCGUACUACGUCAAGCCGUCGCAGGCCGGGCUCGUGGCGCACUUCACGCGGAUCGCAGACGCGGUCGAGUUGCCGAUCGUGCUGUACAACGUGCCCGGACGGACGGGCGUCGACAUGUCGGUCGAGACGACCGUCGCCCUCUCGCGCCACCCGCGGAUCUGCGGCCUCAAGGACGCGACCGGCGACAACACGCGCGCCGCGCCGAUGCGAGCCGUGUGCGGGGACGACUUUCGGCUCUACUCCGGCGAGGACGCCGCCGCGCGCGAGUACGUGCUGCAGGGUGGCGACGGGGUCAUCUCUGUCACGGCCAACGUCGCGCCCGCGGCCGUUGCGGCGGUGAUGGCCUCGGGGCGGGCGGGCGACGCGGCGGCGGCGCUCGCGGCGGACGGCCCUCUGAUGGCGCUGCACCGCGACCUGUUUUGCGAGGCCAACCCGAUCCCAGUCAAGUGGGCGCUGCACAAGAUGGGCCGCAUGGGGGAAGGCAUCCGCUCGCCUCUCUCGCCGCUCGGCGUCGCCUUUCAGCCGCGCGUCGCGGGCGCGCUGCAGCAGGCGGGCUGCAUCGCCAGCGAGGAGGGUGCGUCGGCCGCCGCCGGUAGCGUCGGCUGGCCGUCGCGCGACCUGCUGCUGCAGGGCCAUUUGUUCGACCAGGGCCUGAUCAACCAGGCCCUCGACAUCAUCGAGAAGCAGAAUGGCGACUUUGAGAUCCUCGCCUUCUCGGUGCAGCCAAACGACCAGAACUCGGAGUUCAACUUCCGCCGUA